UCAGCGCAGGGAUCUGGUGUGUGCUGAGCUGUCAACUGAGAGCUGAGUUGUCUGUUUUUUUGCCAAACGAAAAAUUAUAAUUUUUCAAGAAAACUGCAGAAAAUAUUUAAUAAAGAGUUGAAAAAGUGCAAAAAUAAUAAUUAAAAUAUAAAACUUGCAAUAGUUUAAACAGAAUUUGUGUUGAAUUUAAAUAAAAUAAUAUUUUCUCAAGCAAAAGGGAGGAGAUACUAAUAAAGCAAUAGCAGUGUUUAUUCUCGAACUUUGAAACCCCUAAUUUGUUAAAUUACAAGGAUCUUUUUCAAUAAAAAAUACAGAUAAACUGUAAAGAAAGAAAAAUUAUUCGAGACUUUUUGCCGCUUUCACAAUUUCUAUGUUUCGUUAAUAAAGAAUAAAAUAAAGGGUCAAAACAAUGUCGUCAUAUGCUAAUACAAAUUAUGGUCCACCACCAGCAAUGGGACAAAUGAAUAUGGUAAAUGGUAUGCCACCUGUACCACAAAUGCAGCAGCAGCAAUUGCCACCACUACAACAACAACAACAACACCAACAGCAGCAACAACAAAUGCAACAAAAGCAACAAUAUACUGGUAUGUCAGCAAUGCCUCCUACAAUAAAUGCCAACAUGAGCAAAUACAUGCCACCAUCAAUGACCUCAACGUCUGUAACAAAUCCAACAGCAGCAAUUGGAAAUUAUACUGCUCCACAGAAUGUGAAUGGACCACAACCAAUGCCGCCAACAAGUCAGCAGCAAACACAAGGUCCUGUAACUAGUAAUCUACCACCUCAUAUGAGGCCUCCCAUUGCUAAUGGUCCUGGAUCCGGAAAUAAUCUAAUGUCGAAUGGUGCAAGCACUAAUGCCACAGCGAGUGCAAAUUCUUCAAGAACUGCUUCGCCUUCUAUUCAAUUAAAUCAACAGCAGCAACAAUAUCAUCCCACAGCUCAGCUCCAACAGCAACAAUUUAAACCGGUUAUACCUUCUGGCAUUGGCAACCAACCACCAACAUCAUCAUCAUCAUUAACCAACACUACGGCACCAUCAAAUGUUAAUAAUCUAACGGGCAGCAUGCAAAACUUAAAUAUUAAUCGAAUGAAUGGUCCGACUAUUCCACCCACAUCUUUGCCAUCGUCCCAGUCUAUGCAAAUGCCACCAAAAAGUGUACCAAUGCCUUCGCAACAACAACAACAGCAACAGGUGAACAAUUUUCAGAAUAAUUUUAAAACAUCAGCUUUGAAUGUACAACCACCACCACCAACAUCCACUGCUGCACCUAAUUUUCCUCCCAAUGUUGCGGGAGCACCACCAGGCAGUCGGCCCUUGCAGUCAGUAGCACAGCCUAAUACCCUACGACCCCCUACCAGUGGAACAUAUGGUACGUCUACAUCUCCUCUUAUGUCGUAUCCACAAAGUCCAUCACAAAAUGCCAAUUUUCCAGCAACAACAACAAAUACAUCUGGACCACUUCCACCAACGUCGACAGCAAGCAACAAUACAAUGCAACAAAAUCAAUUAAACAACAACCAAACUCAAAUGGGCCAACAACGUAAACCAAUGUAUCCAACUAAUCAACAACUGCCUCCAAUGAUGCAACAACAGCCGCAGCAUCAACCUCCGCCGCCUCUUCAACAGCCAUAUUCUGCAGCUUAUAAUUAUCCACAACAGAAACAGCAACAACCUGUUGGCACUUCUCAACAACCAGGCAUGUUUAAUGGACAACCAAAUACUGGUCCUUUGCAAUAUCAAAAUCAACCCUAUCAACAGCAACAGCAGCAGCCUGGUCAAUUUCCUCAAGGUGGCAGUGUUCUUCAACAGGGUUUCAAUCGUCUAUGGGGUCAAGAUACUAUAGAUCUUAUGCAGAAUCGUCAUAUACUCUCACCAGCUACUGUAGCACCACCUAAGAUUGUUUUACACAAUCAAUUUCACGAAUCUAUUAACUGUAAUCCCAAUAUAAUGCGUUGUACAUUAGCUAAAAUACCCGAGAGUAAUGCACUAUUGCAAAAGUCUCGUCUCCCUUUGGGUAUUCUUAUCCAUCCAUUCCGUGAUAUUAAUAGCCUCCCAGUUAUUCAAUGUCCGAAUAUAGUUCGCUGUCGUUUAUGUCGUACAUACAUUAAUCCUUUUGUGUACUUUGUCGAUAGUAAAAUGUGGAAGUGUAAUUUAUGCUAUCGGGUCAAUGAAUUGCCGGAUGAUUUUCAAUUUGAUCCAGCUACUAAAACAUAUGGUGAUGUUACUCGUCGUCCUGAAGUACGUUCUAGUACAAUUGAAUUCAUAGCACCAUCUGAAUAUAUGUUGCGUCCACCGCAGCCAGCAAUAUAUUUAUUCCUAUUUGAUGUUUCAAUAAUUGCCCAACAAUGUGGUUACUUGGAGAAUGUCUGUUCGAUGCUUUCGAAACAUUUGGAUGAUAUGCCGGGCGAUGCUCGCACUCAAGUUGGUUUUAUUGCUUUCAAUAGCAACGUACAUUUCUACAGUAUGGCUGAGGGUUAUAAUCAACCUCAUGAGAUGACUUUAUUGGACAUAGAUGAUCCAUUUUUACCAAGACCCGAUAAUUUGUUGGUAAAUCUUAAGGAAUGCAAAGAAUUAGUAAAAGAUUUACUAAAUCAAUUGCCAAAACGUUUUGCUGAAACCCAUGAUCCAGGUUCAGCUUUAGGUGCUGCCCUACAAGUAGCCUUUAAAUUAAUGCAAGCGUCUGGUGGUCGUAUUACCGUAUUCCAAACGUGCCUUCCCAAUAAGGGUCCUGGUGGUUUAGAGCCUCGAGAAGAUCCUAACAAUCGAUCUGCCAAAGAUGUUGCUCAUCUAAAUCCAGCAACAGACUUUUAUAAACGUUAUGCUCUUGAAUGCUCUGGUUAUCAAAUAGCUGUCGAUCUUUUCCUAUUAAAUCAGCAAUAUAGCGAUUUGGCAACAAUAUCUGGCAUUAGCAAGCACAGCGGAGGUUGUGUCCACCAUUUCCCCUUGUAUCAGAAGACUAAACCUCAAUUGGUGGAUUCGUUGAAACAUUGCUUUAAACGAUAUUUGGUGCGUAAGAUUGGUUUUGAAGCAGUAAUGCGUAUACGUUGUACACGUGGCCUUCAAGUACAUACAUUCCAUGGCAAUUUCUUUGUUCGUUCGACAGAUUUAUUAUCUUUACCGAAUGUCAAUCCAGAUGCCGGUUAUGGCAUGCAGAUUUCCUAUGAGGAAUCAUUAAGGGAUGUAAAAACAAUAUGCUUCCAAGCAGCCUUGCUUUAUACCAACAGUGAAGGCGAACGUCGCAUACGUGUACAUACAGUAUGUUUGCCAGUGACUGCAUCUUUGCCUGAAGUAAUGCAUUCAGCCGAUACGGAAGCUAUAAUCGGUUUACUUACCAAGAUGGCUGUUGAUCGGUCAAUAACAUCAAAUAUAGUUGAUGCCCGUGAGGCGUUCAUUAAUGCUACAGUCGAUAUAAUGAAUGCAUUUAAAAUUGCACAAAACUUACCAUCAGGCCAGACUGGACAACUUAUUGCACCACGUAGUUUGUCUCUUAUGCCACUAUACAUUUUGGCUUUGUUGAAACAUCCUGCUUUCCGUGUGGGCACCAGUACACGCCUCGACGAUCGAGUGUUUGCUAUGGAUUGUAUGAAAACUCUACCUUUAGAUCAAUUGAUGAAGUUUAUCUAUCCUGAGUUUUACAAUAUUGAUGUAUUGUUUUAUAACAAUAAUCAGAAUUCAAAUGCCAAUCCUACAAAUGAUGAUGCUGAUGAUGAGGACGAAUUACCAGUUGUUCAACGUUUGCAAUUAUCAGCUGAAUACUUGGAUUCUCGUUCAAUAUUCUUGAUGGAUUGCGGCACGUUAAUUAUGGUAUACGUUGGACUCAAUGUACCAGUUAAUAUUCUAGAAAAUGUCUUCGGCAUUAAAUCAACUGCUGAAUUGCCAGACUAUUACUACGGUUUACCAAAUGUUAAUAGUUCGGAAAAUGAUACACUGAAACGAUUUAUAAUGAAAUUAAAUGAUGAAAAACCUUAUCCACCCAUUGUACAGAUAAUAAGGGAUACAAGUACAGCCAAACCUCAACUAAUUGAGAAAUUAGUUGAUGAUCGCAGCGAAUCUAGUUUAUCAUAUUAUGAAUUUUUGCAACACAUACGGUCUCAGGUUAAAUAGUAGUUUAGUAAAUGGAAAAUAAGUUGAAAUUAAAUAAAUGCUAAUAAUAAUAAAAACUA